AUGAAAUUGAUCGACGACAAUGAUGAAGACGACUAUGUUUCAGUAAUAUAUUCAACCCAGAUGAUGAAAUUCAAAUGCCUAAUUAAUCAGCUCAUAACAUUCUGUGGUGGCUAUGGAGGUGGGGGUGGAUUUGGUAGUGGUCGAAUCAGUGGGUAUGGUAGUGGUGGUGGUGGAUACGAUGGUGGUAGCCGUGGUGGAAGUGGAUAUGGAGGAGGAGGUGGUGGUGGAGGUGGCAGUAGUGGGGAAGAGGAGCGGGUUCAGAUGACUAAUUGUUGCAAGAAGAAAAAGGGACCUGGGGGAAAAGCAAAUGGUUGGAGAAAUCGAAAAGGCGAAGUCUUUGCAUGA